CUCUACAGACCACCCAUGAUUCGGCCGGAUGUACACGUACCGUACAUGUGUACAAUAACUUCCGGAUAGCAGGAUAAAACACGGAUCUCUAUAAAUUUUAAAUACUUUUUUUGCAAGAAAAUAAAGUGGUGACUGAGUAGUGAAUCACAUAUAAAGCAUCUGUAUUUUGUCACUUGGUGCAGCUUGUCGUAAUACUCUUUAAGUUUUGAUCAACAGCUUCCAGCAUGGGUGCAUUCGCAAGUAUAUUCCAAAGCUUAUUUGGGAAGAAGGAGAUGAGGAUAUUGAUGGUUGGUCUGGAUGCUGCUGGUAAAACAACAAUUCUAUAUAAACUCAAACUAGGUGAAAUUGUCACAACCAUUCCAACUAUUGGUUUUAAUGUGGAGACUGUGGAGUACAAGAAUAUCGGCUUUACAGUGUGGGAUGUCGGCGGUCAGGAUAAGAUCAGACCGUUAUGGCGUCACUAUUACCAAAAUACACAAGGUCUCAUAUUUGUAGUAGAUAGCAACGACAGGGAAAGGAUGGGUGAAGCAAAAGAUGAACUUGAUAGAAUGUUGAACGAAGAUGAAUUACGGGAUGCAGCCCUCUUAAUAUUCGCAAAUAAACAGGAUCUACCAAACGCAGCCACCGUUGGAGAUAUCACUGACAAACUUGGCUUGAAUGGUUUACAUAGUCGACGAUGGUACAUCCAGAGCACAUGCGCUACAUCAGGUGAUGGUCUCUAUGAAGGUCUGGAUUGGCUGUCUAAUGAAUUAAAAAACACCAAAAAAUAACAUAUUUGUGUCUGUCAAUAUCUCUCUUUCCAUCUCACACUAAAUCCAUUCAUAAUUCCGUGUAGACCUUUACCCUCAUAGCAAUUAAAAAUCCAAGUUGACCCAAACAUCAAAUUGAUUUGAAUGCUAACAGAAAAUCACAUAAGCAUAACAUUGAAAUAUCAUUAAGAUAUAAUGACAGCAUUUAAUAUGGCAUACUUUUUUCAUAAAACAUUGAUAUGUAUAAUUUAUUCAGUGUGUUAAUGAAAGAGAUUGUUUCAUCACACACUAAUUGCUUCUUUAUGAAGUCCUGGUUAUACAUUUGAAGAUUUUGAUUAAAAACAAAUCUUCAUUUCAUUGGAAUACUUGUUAUUUACAGUAAUGGUUUUACAUGUUUCCUAGAGAUACAUGCCAUAUUUUACAUCAUGAAAGUUUGAGUGUUAUGCUUGUUUGAUUUUGCUGUAUUAAUACAGGUUAACUUGGACUUGGACCUUAAUGGGGGAAUUCACUCUGAUAUUAAGUGGGUAACCCACAGUAUAAGGAGAGAGCUACAAUUCGGUCCAAGUCUUCGGAUAACUACGUGUAUAUAUAUGAAUAAUUAUUACCUAUACAAGGCAUUUUAGGAGAUAAAUAAGUCAUAUUUCGCUCGCUACUUCAAUCCGAGACCAGAACGAGGUAAACAUUUGCCAUGUUGCCCUCCCCGGGCUUUGCCCAUAGAAAUCCUGUACAAAAUAGAGGGCAAUAUUGGCCAUAUUUCUGCUAGUGCGCUUGCGCAGUAGGAGCUGAUUUUGAUCGCUAAUUUAAGAAAUCUGGCUGGAACCAGUUUAUGAACCAACGCAUUGUAGAUAAUGCGCGGCGCGGCCAGUGCAUACACAAACGUAACCCAAGCGCAAGAUUUCUACACGUUAAGUGUAUGUGCGCACCAUGCAUGAUGCGCGACUGUAAGGCAACAAUUGUGUCACAAUUGCUUAUUAAGGGUUACUUCGCUAAACCUGAAAUCAGAAGUAGUGAUAAGCAAACAGGCAUAUAAAUUGUUCCAAAUAGUAGCUUGAAUUACACAUUGUACAGCCUUAGGUAAUGAUAAUAAUAUUGACUGGUUCUUCCUUUGGGAAACAUCAAAUAUGUCGCCCUGAAAAGAACCAUAUUGUCCUCGUCUAAAGACUCUGGCCAAUAUGAUUCUGUUGCGGGCAGCAUUUUUUAUGUUCCUCUCAAGGCCAGUCAAUAUUAUAUAAAUGUUUGUUACUACAAAAUUGGAAAAUAGUAUUGAACAUGGACAUCAUAAAUUCUUUGACAUCCAUAAAUCAGAGUAAAAUCGCAUGAAUGACCAGAACGCUAGAAAAAAAGCAGGGCCCCGUCGCAUAAAAGUUACUAUUAUGGUAACUUUGCCAUCAAAUGGUAACUACCAUGGAAACGAUGAUCAACAACCAAUCAGAAUCAAGGAUUCUAUGCAAGUUAUCAUUGUAUGGCAAAGUAACCAUAAUGGUAACUUUUAUGCAAUGGGGGCCAGACUGUCUUUGCUCACUUCCUUUAAUAACUACGUUAUUAUUCAAAAUUCAUGGCUUAGUAUGGCUCUUUUGGCCUUGCAGCAAUUCAUUAUCAGGGGCAUUGGUUUUCUGCUAAUACUUUGAAAAAUAUAGAUACCUGAGGAACCAUUUCCUGAAAGUAUCUUCUGCCAGCACUGCCAAGACUUCACUAUCUGACAGUUACAGACCUAGGGAGUGUUUCAUGAAAGGUCUUGUCAGACGUUUUAUCCGACAAAGUGUUUUAUCGGACAGUUUCCAUAGUAGCAGUGCUUCUCAGCUAAUCAACAUCAAGGAAAGUUGUCAUAUCUGACAACUUGUAAGAUGUUGAUGAAACACUCCCCAGGGUCUCUCUCAGCCAAUCAGAACCAGGAACAAGUCAGCUGAUACCAUAGUUGUCAGAUGACGAAUGUUGAUGCAACCCCUUGGGGUGGAUUCCCCCUUUGAUAGUGCAAGCAUUGCUUUGAUGAUUUCUCUUUGAAACUUGGAAUUAUUUUUACGAAAGUGAUUUAAAGCAAUUUAAAUGAGAGGAAAUUGUAUUGAAUGGAUUGAUUUUACAGUUGCUUGCAUUUCUUUGAAAUUACAUUUGACAAUGUAUGUUUUGUGAUAUGUAAUCAUUUCAAUUGUAACCAGUAUUGACUAUUCAUGAACUAAUGAAUAAUUUUUGGGGAAAGUAUUUCCAACCAUUACAUUUUUUGUGUAUUUAACAAAGUAAAUCUCAAUAGAAAUUCAACAUCUGAUUGAGUCUUCUUGUAUGACCAUGUAUGAACAUUCAUUAGUCAACAAUUAUGUGCUUUUUAAGUCAUUCCAUUAUGUAUGGGAUAUUUCUUUCCUUUCUUUUAAAUGAAAAAUGAAAUAAAAUGUACACGGAAAACUCUUAUAAAAGGAUGGCAAUUAAAACUGUUUUAAGUGUUGGUAAAGCAAUCAAAGAACAAUAGCCUUUAGUUUGCCAAUGGGUCUUAAUUUCAGGUUAUGAAAUGUGUCAUUUUGUGUUCUUGCCUGUCAAAUAAAAUAUGACAGACAGAGCUGUUUGCUGGAUUGAUUUUCUGAAAGAUUGAGAGAAUUUGUUAUUCAUAAAGUAUUUAUUAGAAAUCCUCUAUAUGCAUUUGCGAGUAAUAAAUGUGUCAUGUAUGAAAAGAUAUAUUUUCAUAUAUUAAAAUAUUAGGGCAUUGAUUAAUCAAGCACAGAUACAUGUACCAAAUUUUACCAUUCAUUGCCCAUAUCGUCUGCUAUGCAGCUUCUAUUUAUGAGGGAUGUCAGCUUCUCAAUAUAAGUCCAGAAUUCAAGGCAAUUUUCAUUUAGGCUUGUUAUUAACAUGUUAUUUUCUAACAGUUACACUGUAUUUGAAAUGAUAGCUUUCAUGUAUGCUAUUGUAUGCUCCCUUGUGAAUGCUUGUGAACAUGGUCUCAAUAUUUGUUGAUGACAAUAUUCGAUGAAAAACCUCUUUUGAAACCUGAAGCAUUGUGGUCUCGUGGUUCUGAAUCUCGCCUUUGAAAUUGAGGGUCACAUGUUCCAAUUCCAGCCACGGCGUUGAUCCUCAAUGUGCUGCAGUCAAACCUGAAGGGGUACACGUAAAUGGAUAACAGCAGGAAGUGAAUUCCUUAAAGGAGAAUGAAACUCUUGGAGCAAGUUAGCUUUUGUGAAAGCAGAAAAAUCAAAGAAUAAGAUCAACAAAAGUUUGAGUAAAAUAGGACUAGCAAUAGAAGAGUUAUGAGCAUUUGAAUGUCGAGAUCACUAAUGCUAUGGAGAUCCUCCCAUUGGCAAUGCGACCAAGAUCUAUGAUGUCACAGAUGAACAACUCUCCCCUUUUGGACACUGAAAAUAUACCCCAAAACAUCUCUUUUUGCUCAUUCUAAUCAGAUGGCAAACGAUUCAUCAAUGAUAUAAUGUUGUGAAACCUCUGUACUUGUCCUCUCAUAAAGAGAACACCUCACCUUGUGAUAGACUCUAUAAAAGUGAGAAUAUAAGUGAAAUAAGUACUAAAGUAAUGAGGGAGUUGUACGUGUGUGACAUCACAGAUCUUGGUCGCAUUGCCAAUAGGAGGAUCUACAUGGCAUUAGUGAUCUCAAUAUUCAAAUGCUCAUAACUUUCUUAUCAUCCAUUCAAUCUUCCUCAAACUUUCAACAAUAUUUUAUUUUUAUUUUUCUCUUUGAUAUGGAUUCAGCUGGUUUCAAGGGUUUCAUUCUCCUUUAAGCUGUGAAUGAGAAUCGGUAGCCUUUUAGCACCUUACAAGGUGGAUGUCUGUGGAUAUAAAUGCCUCAUAACAUUAUCGUCAUCAUCAUUAUACAUGAGUUAUCCUCUCUGAGCAUGAAACAAAGCCAGAUAAUCGAGAUGCACUAAUAAUCACUGAAGUAGGCCUACAUCUUCCAGCCAAUCAUUGCAAAGAGGCUUAUUGUACACAUUAUAUGCAUGGUGAAAAUUGCUGAAUUUUGGGUAGCAAAUAUUUCAUAUUUCUCAAUAAAGCUCCUAUAAAGCUUAAGUGUCAAGUCAUUGUAUUGUCUCCAUGUUUGAUUUGGUGUAGUUUUUUUCUCUAAAUAGCGAGUAUGAAGCUUGGACUUAUGCAAAUCAAGCUGGUUUUAUAAAGGGCAUUUAUUUAUAAUUUUGUUUUUGUGACGCUAUACAGUAACCAUCUGUUUUUUAUGAUUAUUCAUUAAAACUGGCUUUUCUCAGCCUUCUUUCUCUUUGUAAAGAGGUCAGUGGAGCUUGAUGUAGUGUCAGCAUAACAAACUAGUGAUAAGGAGCCAACCUUGGCCCUGCAAUAGCCUUUGCCUAAUUUUUAGGCAGCAUGAUAAUUUGUGGUAAAGAAUUCGCAAUGCGUUGAUUAAUUUUCAUAUUGAACAUACACAAAAGUUUCAGGAAUAUUUCAAAAAUAGUUACAUGUGUGAUUUAAGAUUAUACUGAGGUGACAUAUUUUAUGCAUGAUCUGUGGAUGAAUACUAAUUAGCAUGCAUCCUCUUGUCAUGAAAUGGUCACUUCGACGAUGUGUUCUAUACCAUACGCAACUGCACCCUCUAAUUUAGGGUCUUACCUGAUUAAUGUAAUAAUGUUCCACAGUGAGUGUAGGUCGGGCAUUCGUUUUUAUAUCACGGGGAUAUUAUUCAGAGUAUGUCUAUGGUUAUAUUUAAGUAUUUAGAAACUAUUACAACAAUCCUGUACAUGUAUAUGAUAGGUCAUUUUUUUAAUAAAAGGUGAUUAUUGAUUUUCAUUCCAUUUCAUCUAUAAAACAAAAAUGGGAUUGUACAUUUUGACUUGAGAUUUCUCCCCAGUGGGAUUUCAAAUACUAGUAUCAUUGAGGAGCUACUAUCCAGAUCAUUGCAUAAGGUUGUAUGUAUCAAGAUAACUUACACACUGUUUAUCAUUUUAACAAGAAAACAUGAAUAUAGUUAUCUUUUCAUGUUAUUUCUCUUGUCCAAUUAUCCACCUUUAAAUGCAUAAUUUUUCAAGGGAAUUGCGUGUCAUGAUAAUUUUUUUUAAUGUAUAUGAAAAUAGGAGUCAUAUUUCCUCCAUGUCAUUCAGGAAAAAUAUGAAAUUCUGAAAAGAUAUCCCUUCAAGGGAUAUGAAACCUCAGCUGAUUAUUUGUCAAAAAGUUGAUAUAUUUUUAAUUAUAAUUCAAUCAAUCAGGAGGAAGGGUAAUCAACAUUCAGUAUGUAAAAGUUUUGGUGAUGGUUUAAAUAUUAUGUAAUCUAUCAUAUUGUCAUUAAAUGAAUUAAUAAUUAUUGUA